UUUUAGUCGUAACGAAAUUAACUGUUUAAUUGGAUAUUUUUCUCCAUGCACUACUGGUGUCUUUCUUCAAGAUUUUCAAGAACUCAGAGAAUUCAACAACAAAAACCCAAAAAAAGACUUACACUCAUAAUAAUCUUCUUGAACCCUUAAAGGCUUCUCUCUUGUUUCCAGUACAAGAACAAGAAUUCUCUUGAACUAACUACUCUUCUUGCUUCUCAAGACAAAAUUGCGUUAAAUAAUUGUAUGGAGAUGUGGGAGCAAACCCUGUACGAACUGGAACAAGCGCCUGAUGAUCCAGAGAUGGCAAGAAAACAUUUCUCUCUUGUUUCCAAUGAAAAAAAACAAGAAUUUACUCCAAAUCAUAUCAUCAACAUGGCCUGUACCAGAACUUUAUACCCUUCUUUAUGCUUCAAUACUCUAUCUUCCAUUCAAAUUCCCAAGAAUUCUGCAACUUUUGGCCACAUUCUUGAAUUUACAAUCAAUGAAACUGAGAAAUCUGUAGCCACCGCAAGAAAACAUGUUACGGGUCUUCUUGGUUUUCAAGAUUUGAUUUCUCAAGAAAAGAUUGCGUUAAAAGAUUGUUUGGAGAUGUUGGAUCAAACCCGUUACGAACUCGAACAAGCACCUGAUGAUCUUCAUGCAUUUUAUGCAUCUAAUCUCAAGACUCUGCUAAGUGCAGCAAUGACUGAUCAGCAUACUUGCAUUGACGGGUUCUCUGAUUUCAAGAAUCAGAAAGAUUUGAAGUCCAAGAUUCAAGACUUGUUUACUCCGAUCACUGGUAUGAUUGGUAAUUGUUUGCCAAUCAUCACAUAUAUGGAGAGUGUAACUGAUGAGGAUAUAAAAACUGUUCAAGAACGGAAGAAGUUGGUUAAGUGGUUUCCAAGAAGCAGGUUUUACCCACGGAUGGGUUCUAAUAUUAGGCCUAACAUUGUUGUUGCUAGAGAUGGGAGUGGUAAUUGUAGCUUGAUUGGCGAGGCUAUAAAGAUGGCACCAAAUGGAAGCAGGCAUAGAUUUGUGAUCAAGAUCAAGGCGGGAGUGUAUAAUGAGACGGAAAAUGUACCUAGAGAAAAGACUAAUAUCAUGCUGAUUGGAGAUGGGAUGAGCAAAACCAUAAUCACAGGGUCUAAAAACUUUGUUGAUGGGUUUUCAACUUUUGAUUCUGCUACUUUAACUGUGGCAGGUGACAGAUUCCUAGCCAGAGACUUAACAAUCAUCAAUACAUCCGGGCCAUAUAAAUUUCAAGCAGUAGCUGCAAGGGUUACCUCUAACUCCGCAUUUUACCGCUGCAACUUCAGUUCAUAUCAGGACACACUUUUCGCUCACUCCCUUCGCCAAUUCUACCGCGAAUGCACAAUCCAAGGCAUGAUUGUUGUUGCUUUGGAUGGGAGUGGUAAUUGUAGCUUGAUUGGUGAGGCUAUAGAGAUGGCACCAAAUGGAAGCAGGCACAGAUUUGUGAUCAAGGCGGGAGUGUAUGAUGAGACGGUGAAUGUACCUAGAGAGAAGACUAAUAUCAUGCUGAUUGGAGAUGGGAUGAGCAGAACCGUAAUCACAGGGUCUAAAAAAUUCCUUGAUGGGUUUUCAACUUUUGUUUCUGCUACAUUAACUGCGGCAGGCGAUAGAUUCCUAGCCAGGGACUUAACAAACAUGGAUACCUGCAACUACAUUUCAUAUCAGGAUACACUUUUCGCUCAUAUCAUGCUGAUUGGAGAUGGGAUGAGUAGAACGGUAAUCACAGGGUCUAAAAGCUUUGUUGAUGGGUUUCCAACUUUUGAUUCUGCUACCUUGACAGUGGCAGGUGACAGAUUCCUAGCCAGGGACUUAGCAAUUAUCAAUACAUCCGGACCGAACAAAUAUCAAGCAGUAGCUGCAAGAGUUACCUCUAACUCUGCAUUUUAUCGCUGCAACUUCAAUUCAUAUCAGUAUACACCAAAUGGAAGCAGUGUGAUCAAGAUCAAGGCAGUACUAAUGCUGAUUGGAGAUGUGAUUAGCAGAACAAUAAUUGACUCUGCUACCUUAAGGGCUACACAGUGCAGUGUCAAUGAUCCCCCCAUUGAUUUAAAUGACUUUUGGGAAUGGGCACUAAUUGAUAUACAACCUGAACUAGAGCAAGAUGCUCCAAUCCAGCCUGAAAACAACCAAGCAAAUGAUGAAAAUGGAGAUGGUUAUGGUUCCGAUAGCGAUUUAAGUGACGCCCCCUCAAGCGGAUCAUUAGUUGAAGUACUAGUCGAAACAGCGGCAUUCACCGAUGAGGCAUAUGAGCUAGUAGCAUCUUUUCGCGUGAUGGAUUUUGCUAAUCUCACAGAGAUUAAUCAAUUUGUAGAAGGAAGGGUAAACGCUUACACAGAUGUGAAAGGAUUACCACCAAUAGAGACAGUUGAAUAUGUAGAUAAUGCAGAUCAUGAAUUAGUUAUGGAAACACUUACCUUGGAGGAAAUUGCGUCGAGAUUAAAAUGGGUUUGGGUGGAACUCAUUGGUGGCUAAUUGUCAGAAAGUUUCAUGUAACGUAGAAAUUGAGAAAAACAACAGCAACUAAAGACUGUAAAGCCAGAUUAGAGAUAUGUUUUGAAUGAGCUAUCAUAAUAUAGUAUUGACAAACUGAAUACAAGAAAGA